AAGAACGUUUAAUUGCGUUUGACAUAAAUUGUGUGUGAGUAAUCAAAAGCGACAAUUUUCUGGAAAAUUCAGGAUUAAAACAGGAUUUUGUUGUGUUUAAGCGGAGCCUAAAAAGUAACAUGGCCUUAAACACCGCGCAUAUUAACGGUGGAGUAUUAAUCCACUCCGGGGAACAGAUUUUACUGUUUUGCGAUAAUGUCAACAUCGAAUGGUCUGGUCAAGAAGCCAGUGUUUUUAAAAGUAAAAAACAUGGGAGGAUAUUCUUGACAACUCACAGAGUUAUCUUCAAUAAUAACUCGCCUUCAGAUGAAAUGCAAAGCUUCAGUUUCCCAUUUGUUACUCUCAGUGAAGUGGAAGUAGAACAGCCAGUUUUUGGAGCUAAUUAUGUAAAAGGGAAAGUGAGGGCUCAGCCAAAUGGAAACUGGGUAGGUGAGGCAAAAUUCAAAAUGACUUUCAAACAUGGUGGUGCUAUUGAGUUUGGACAAGCUUUAUUACGGGCUGCACACUUAGCAACAAGAGGUCAAAUGAAUGCUCCCCCUCCGUAUGAACCGUCCCAGCCGCAGUGGUAUGCAGCACCACCACCGGCAUAUGCGCCAUCACCUCAAGGCUAUUAUGGUUGGGUGCCUCCCACCAAUGUAUUUCCCCAACAUCCUCCAACAGACGGUGUCUUUAUGACCGAUGCACCACCACCGUAUCCUGGAAUUUACCCUACCGGACAACAAAAUGGAUAUGGGCCACCCCAGGGAGGGUAUGCCCCCCAGGCCCCACCGGCAUACCCUCAGGGACCAUCAAGUGGUUAUUAUCCUCAGGGCGGGUCAGGUGGAUAUCCUCCACAGGGCCCAAUGCCUGCUGGGUUCACUACUUCAGCAGAUGCAAAAGCCGCUGAAGCUGCUCAGUCUGCUUACUAUGAUCCAAACCGACCAAAUAUGGCUUAUGUUCCUCCCCCAUCAUACUAUGAAAACCCACCAACUUACAAUCAAGCAACGAAUCAGAAGAAAGAUCAGUAAAAACGCUUAUCAUUGGCAGCACAUAUAUUUGAUUAUAUUGAAAUGAUUAACCGCCUUGUUAAUUUAUUUUCUAAUUGUAGUUGUUUACUUUUAGUGCAUUCCACAUUGUUAUAUAUACAUAUUUAUGUACUGGUAUUAAAGCUAUUAAACUUCUAAAAUUAAAUGUUCAUACAUUUGUAAUCUAGUUUGCAAUAAUAUAUUACUGUUAUUUGAUGUAA